GCAAGACUGGGUCGGAUAUUCCUGAAAACUAUUAUGAACAUAAAAGAUGGCUAGACACAAGGUAGAGUCCUGGAAAGGGGUUAUUGGAGAGUGGAAAUAUACAUUCGGCACCAGAAGGUCAUUGGUUGCUAGCACAGUCGAAAACUUCUUUUUCGUAAUGGCCAAUUCUAAGAGACCCUGGAGCAGUGGUGUUGGAUUUAUAGCAGUAACCGAUUGCAGUGCUGCAGGUCUGAAAACUGACAUUUUAAAUUUGACUAAAGAAUAUGGAAUUGAUUUGACUAAAUGUAGAGGACAGGGUUGCGAUGGAGCAAAUGUUAUGUCGGGUGUUUAUGGAGGAUUACAAACCCUAAUAAAAGAGCAUGCUCCAAAUGCCGAUUAUGUUCAUUGUGCUGCGCACGCUUUAAACUUAGUUUUGAACGAUGCUGCGAGACACGUUCGUGAAGUAUUGACUUUUUUCGAUAAUUUAGAAAAAAUAUAUACUUUUUUUGGCAAUAGUAUAAAACGCUGGGCUAUGCUAAGUGACGAUCCAUCUGAAAAAUAUUUGAUUACUCUUAAAAAGAUACCAAAGAAACGUAGAAAAUUGCAGCAAAUAUUGGUCAAGAAGAAAAACAUUCACAAGAAAUUUAAGAGCAAAGAAAAAAAUAUAGGGGUUAGUGAACAUGAUGAGAAUACAGAAUAUGACAAGAUAUCAGAGAAAACACAGAUUCAUGAUAACAAGGAAGAAAAUAUGACUUGCAGUGGAAAAUUCAGUACACAGGAUGAUGGAUAUAAUGAUGAGAAAGAAAAUGUAAAUAAUUCACUGAGAAUGAUGGAUAAGAAUUUGGAAAUGAACAAAAUCAUUACAACAAUGAAGAGGAAAAUGAUACAAAUAAAAAAGAACAGGAUGAGAACAUUGAACCUAAUAAUGAUCAGAUGA